AUGUCUAGCCCGGUCAACAACAACUUCCUCCAACUCAUUCCCGCCGCCCACCGCGUGGCUAUUCUCGAGACUCCCGCCGAGUCCGAGUCAUUCAUUCCUGCACUUCAAAAGGCUCGCCGAUCCAGCUCUACCACGAGCACCGAGUCGAAUGCUGCCGAGGAACCUACCGUCCCCGUUGCCGACAAGGCUGCGGUCGCCGCCUCUCCCGUUGACGAUGCCAAGGUCACCGAGUUUCUGAAACUGGGCCACUAA